UUUUACCUAGUCCUCUUCCUUGUGUGUCUUGUCCCUGAAGUUGCCUCUGAGGAGAGGGCCAGUGUUCCUGAGGCAGUCCUGGGCCCUCUGCCGGGUAGGGAAAGCAGCUGAUAGCUGGUCAUGAAAGCAGGCUUCUGAAUGUAUGACAACAUGUCCACCAUGGUGUACAUAAAGGAAGACAAGUUGGAGAAACUCACACAGGAUGAAAUCAUUUCCAAGACAAAGCAGGUAAUCCAGGGGCUGGAGGCUCUGAAGAAUGAGCACAACUCCAUCCUACAGAGUUUGCUGGAGACGCUGAAGUGCUUGAAGAAGGAUGACGAGAGCAACCUGGUGGAGGAGAAGUCCAACAUGAUCCGGAAGUCCCUGGAGAUGCUGGAGCUCGGCCUGAGUGAGGCACAGGUGAUGAUGGCUUUGUCAAAUCACUUGAAUGCCGUGGAGUCGGAGAAGCAGAAACUGCGUGCGCAGGUUCGUCGUCUGUGCCAGGAGAAUCAGUGGCUGCGGGAUGAGCUGGCCAACACACAGCAAAAGUUACAGAAGAGCGAGCAGUCAGUGGCACAGCUGGAGGAGGAGAAGAAACACUUGGAGUUCAUGAACCAGCUGAAGAAAUACGACGAUGACAUCUCCCCCUCGGAAGACAAAGACACUGAUUCUGCCAAGGAGCCCUUGGACGACCUGUUCCCAAAUGACGAGGAUGAGCCGGGCCAAGGAAUCCAGCAGCAGCACAGCAGUGCGGCUGCCGCUGCCCAGCAGGGCGGCUACGAGAUCCCCGCGCGGCUGCGCACCCUCCACAACCUGGUGAUCCAGUAUGCUUCUCAAGGGCGCUAUGAAGUGGCUGUUCCUCUCUGUAAGCAGGCCCUGGAGGACCUGGAGAAGACUUCUGGCCAUGACCACCCUGAUGUGGCAACCAUGCUCAACAUCCUGGCCCUGGUGUACAGGGACCAGAACAAAUACAAAGAUGCAGCUAAUCUACUGAAUGAUGCCUUGGCCAUCCGUGAGAAAACUCUGGGCAAGGACCAUCCUGCGGUGGCAGCGACUCUGAACAACCUCGCGGUUCUGUACGGUAAGCGCGGGAAGUACAAAGAGGCGGAGCCGCUGUGUAAGAGAGCCCUGGAGAUCAGAGAGAAGGUCCUGGGAAAGGAUCACCCUGAUGUUGCCAAGCAGUUGAAUAACUUGGCCUUACUGUGCCAGAACCAGGGCAAGUAUGAAGAGGUGGAAUAUUACUACCAAAGGGCCCUGGAGAUCUACCAGACAAAACUGGGCCCUGAUGACCCCAACGUGGCCAAGACCAAGAACAACCUGGCAUCCUGCUAUCUGAAACAAGGAAAGUUCAAGCAAGCAGAAACACUGUACAAAGAGAUUCUCACCCGAGCACAUGAGCGGGAGUUCGGUUCUGUGGAUGACGAAAAUAAGCCCAUUUGGAUGCAUGCUGAAGAAAGAGAAGAGUGCAAAGGAAAGCAGAAGGAUGGGACGUCCUUUGGAGAGUACGGUGGCUGGUACAAAGCCUGCAAAGUGGAUAGCCCAACUGUCACAACCACUUUGAAAAACCUUGGAGCACUUUACCGACGUCAGGGGAAAUUUGAAGCUGCAGAAACAUUAGAAGAAGCCGCCAUGAGGUCACGUAAGCAGGGUCUUGACACUGCUCACAAGCAGAGAGUGGCAGAAGUGCUCAGCGACCCUGAGAGCUCAGAGAAGCGGCGGAGCCGGGAGAGCCUCAGCUCGGACGCGGUCAAGUACGAGAGCGGCGCUGAUGGCGGGGAGGAAGUGAGUAUGAGCGUAGAGUGGAACGGGGACGGCACUGGAUCUUUAAAGCGCAGUGGUUCCUUUAGCAAACUCCGGGCUUCCAUUAGACGCAGCAGCGAGAAGCUGGUUAGGAAGCUGAAGGGAGGAAGUUCACGAGAGAGUGAGCUGAGGAGCCCCGGGGCAUCCCCAGCGGAGCCUCUGUGCGUAGAGAACGACAGCAGCAGCCUAGAAGACGCCAGCACUAACUGAACUGGGCCUGGCCUGCUGUAGGACGCCAUAUGCGGCUGCCACCACCGUGAGCGGCCCGGAGCUGGCCCUGUGACGGCCAGGGCGAGGACGGGGCCCUCAGCGCUCAGUCUCCAGACCGUGCCGGAGGCCACACUAACCACCACCCGCAUCCCAGGCCUCGGUGCGGCCAGGCAGGGUAGCAGGCCGCACACUGUCCCUCCGGGGGCCGCGCACUGGACCCCAUGCUGCACCUACCAGGGCCUCCCGUGUCACCGCUCACGCGUUAGCUCCCUGCGUGUGUGUGAGAAUGUAUUUUAUUGUAAAGUUUUUAAAAGUAAAAGUUUAUACCCUCA